CCGAAUUCCAAAAUGGCGAUGUCUGAAAAUUUGUGAUUGUGAUUUCACGAAAAGUGUCAUUUUAUUUCAUAACGAAGGAUUAAAAUUCAUCAUUUACAAUGAACAAUCAAACCUAGAUAUUUACCAGUUCAGUUGUGCUGACGGUACCAGAGUAAAACAUAAAGCAACAUGGCCGACCAAGUCUCUACCACCCAGCCGUCUCCCGAUCCGAUGCUCGGGGAAGGCCUCGUUAACCAAGGUGUGCAAGGCUUCCCAGCCACUCCAAUGGCCAAUCUAUUCGAUGAGAGUCUGACAGGUGGACAGGAUGAUUGGCUGGGCGAAAUUGAUGACAUCAUGGGCAAGAAUCCAUUUUCUGGCAUGAGUGAGGAGGAGAUAUCAAAAAUCGAUGCUGUGUUGCAGUCAGACGAAGUCACCCAACUUCUCCAGCAAACAAACGAUCCGUUUGUCAAUUCCCCCGAGGUACCCACCUCCUCCUUCCUGCCCGAGGAUAAAGAUGACCACGUUCUCGAGGACAGCAUCAGCCGCUUGUUGGGCGAGAGCACCCUGGAGGAAAAACACGACUACGCAGAGACGGCGUCCACGUCACACGAUUUUGAUAUUGACCUGGCGACAGUCCGUGAUGCAAAUAUGAUACUUAACGUUGGACUACAAAGUGGCCCCUUGGCCGACAUCAUGGAGACGUUCGACAUCCCGGGCGUGAGCGACCUCAUUUCUCCCGCGUAUGAAAAAAUCAAGACGGCGGGAGAGAAUGACGAGGAGAGGGGCCGUGAUGACAUGAUGUAUGAUGAGUGUCAGGAGGGCGGGAAGUCAAUGAAGGGAGGCAAGAAGGGCAAGGGGAAGUUUAUGUUUCCCCCGCAGAGACGAUCUGUGCGCAUCGUUGAGCAAGAAACGCGCGAAUUAGCCGAAAAAAUUCGUCAGGAGAAUAUCCGUGAAGAACAAGAGGCCAUAGAGGAGUUGAAGAAGAAAAACGAAGAUUCGGAGGAAAGUAACAUCCUGGAUUCUGAAAUGACUGAUGCUGAUGGGGAGAUGGUGAAGAAACCCAUAAAACGACGGGGAAGGCCUCCUAAUAGCGGAAAAACGGGCGUGAAAAAGUUUCCAGAGUCGGCGAACAGUGGUCCAGAUGAUGAGGCAGAAGAUGUGAAGAUCGAGAGCAAAUCGAGUGGCGGUGUUCUGGAAUCUUUGGCGCAGAGUUACGAAAAUUUAGGAAAGGAGGAUGAUGAGAAUAAGGAUGAGGACGCUUUGGUAAAAUGUGAUAAUGUUACUGAUUUAUCCGGUGCUAUAGUGGAUCCGUUUGGGGGUUCCAAAAAGGACCUAAGUCCCGACUCAUCUGGUACGCAGGUUGUUGCCAUGGAAACUAUAACAAAAAUCAAAGAUAUUGCUGUGACGUCAUGGACUGUUGAUUCCACGGAUGAAUCGGGUGGUUUCGGUAAAAAAAUGAAAGUUCCAUCGACUGAAACAUUUUCAGAAGAUGGCGUGCCUGGUCAAAGACGUAAUUCCGAAGUUCCGGAAUUUGGUACAAGUGGGAAGGAAAGACGGCGAAGUUCCCUUGAUAGGGUUCGAGAAAAGGAUAGAAGCUCAUCCCGCGAGCGCAGCACUUCUUCACGUGACCGGCUUGGUCAUUCACAUGAUAAAAAUCGUGAUUCUUCCCACGCGGAUAAACGUCGCGAUUCACGACAGGACAGGGACUUGCAUUCUAGAGAGGGUGGGUCGAAUCGGGGGGAAGAUCAUCGAUCUCGUGGUCAUAGGCACGGGGAGGAACAUCGACGGGAGAGGGGUGGUCGGGAACAGGGGCAUCUUGGUCGAGAUAGUCGUGAUCGGGAGAGGCAUAGGGACAGCCGGGGUAGAGAAGGCAGCAGCAGCAGUAGCAGACGAUACAGUGAACAGUCUAGAAGCGAUUCGCGGCAUAGUUUGCCUGGGGCGGAUUAUCAGAACGUGGAAGUGGAUGACUUUGACUUAAAGGGAAAAAAGAUUAGUCUCGAUCAGUACAGGAAGGGCGAUGUCGUGAGGCAUGAGAGUGAGGUUAAGGAGGAGAGACGCAGGGAAGAGAAAACUGGGCCAGACGAUGAGCUCAUGGACAUUGAUGCAUUUCAUGAUGAUGCGGGUGAAUCUGAUCUGAGUGAUAGCAUGGAAGGCGAAUAUGAUGGAGACUUCGAAGAGGACGACCCCACGAAAUUGUGGUGUGUUUGCCGCCAACCUCAUAACAAUAGAUUUAUGAUAUGCUGUGAUAAGUGUGAAGAGUGGUACCACGGGGCGUGCGUGCGCAUCACCAAGAAACGUGGCAAAGAGAUGGAGCAAAAUGACGAGGAAUGGAUCUGUCCUGUUUGCUUACAAAAAGAAAGAAAGGAGAGGUUGUACAUUGAAGAGAGGAAGAAAAUUGAAGAAGAGCUUAGACUGCGAGAUACUAUAAAAUCUUUGAAGGACCGCCUGCAGAGAACGAGAGAAAUCGAGGAGAAACGUGAUUCGGCGUCAGCACCGAUGGAAGAGGUAUUCAGGUCUUCAGGAAAGAUGGAGGGGGAGUUCAGGAAAAUGGAUAGGAAUGCGGGCGGGAAACGGAAAAAGAAAAUCAAGAUAUUCAAGAGUCACCGAAUGAGUAUGAUGCCAAAGCGUUGUAUUUUCACUAAAUGCGAGACCACCGUCCUCCCUGGGGCCGUCUAUUGUAGUAAUCAGUGCAUCCUCCGCCACGCGCAUGAAUCCUUGGUCCUACUUGCCAAGGAGAAGGAGAGAAUAUUUGGAAAAGGAAGAGUUGAUCUGAAUCCAGCCGAGAGGAUCAUCGUUAUGGAGAGGCGUACCGGCAAGAUCCUGACCGGUCUUAACGCCCCGACAGCUGCUAAUCUCCGUUCGUGGUUGGAGCGACAUCCGAGCUUCGAGGUACUCAGACCCAAGAAGCAGGCACCCGAGCCUGGACAGCCUGAGAGACAGAGACGCGAUCGACCAGAGCCACCUCGCCAGGCCACUACCACGGAACCACCGGAAGUGACAGAAGGACCAGACAUGAUUCGUGUUAAUGUUAGAAGAAUUCUCAGGGACCUCUUAGAAAAAAGAGCUUCAGAAGCAGGCGAUCUCUCCGCCGUGACAAAAGCAGACGUGAAGAAAUACGCCAUAUCUAUCGAGGAGGCCAUGUACCAUUAUCAUCGCAACACUGGCCUCAAGUACAAGGCCAAGUUCCGCAGCCUGGUCUUCAAUAUACGGGAUCCUAAUAAUCAUGGCUUAUUCCGCCGGAUCCUACGGGGACAGAUCCAUCCGAAUAACCUGGUCCGUCUCUCGUCGGAGGAGCUGUCUUCCCGCCAGGUGUCCGAGCUGCAGGAGAUGAAACGGGAUUUGACGAGAUUGGAGAAGGAGCAUCCACAGUCCAAGUCAGGUGGCCAGCAGAGGAGGCAGAAAGAGGGGGGCAGUGCUAUUGACCCAAUGGCCGAUCUUCUCGGAACGAUGACCGCGGACACCACCAGUGAGCACCGCAAUCAUCUCUUCGAUCUCAACUGUAAGAUCUGUACGGGAAAGACUCCGCGGCCGGAAGCGGAACACAUCAAGAAACUCGCGCAGCAGCUGAAGCUGCAGAAGGAGCGACACAGAGCGGAGGAUAAGAAGCCAGAGAAGGUUUCGCGUGAUCCGAGGUUACUGGAUACGAGUCGGUCGGAUAGCGAUAUCGUCGGGAGCAGUUUGGAGGAGUCAAUUGAGGAGCAGAUUUCGCAGGAGAUCAAGGAUGAAUUGGGCAUCGAAUCGCCGGUACCUGUGGUGACCACAACUGGCUCACCUGAUGUCACUUCGUCUGGGCAAGCCCAGAACCUCACUCUAUGGAAGGGCUCCAUCUUCAUGCAGGAUCUCCCCAAGUUCUUCACCUCGGCGGAUCUCGUCUCUGGACCUAAGGAUUACUUCAUGCAGGAUAUUCCCAGUACCAUCCAGCUGUGCGGGAGAAUCAAUCCAGCCAACGUGUUUGAUUAUUUGGGGAAGAUCAAGGAAAUGCGUUCUAAGGACAUCAUUGUGGUGCGCUUCCAACCAAGCCAGGAGAACAUGGAGCGCGUGGCCUACAUGGACAUGUACAACUACCUGAGCACCCGCAAGCGUUGCGGUGUGGUCGGCAACAACACCAAGCUCGUCAAGGACAUGUACUUGAUCCCUCUACCUGCUGAGAGUCCCCCGCCGAAGAUUCUCCUGCCUUUUGAAGGGCCAGGUCUUGAAGAAAGAUACGAACGACCUCAUCUUCUCAUUGGUGUCAUCAUCCGCCACCGACCUAAAUCAACGCCUGGCUCCGAGCUCCAAAAAGAGGCAGAAAAACAAGAUUGCGUCCUAGUCGAUCCUGCGUGGGGAGAACUUAAAAAGAAAUUUCAGGAACAGAAACUUAGGAAGGAAAGCUCACGCUCAAAGGGAAGUUCACGUUCGAAGGAGAAAGAAAAAUCAAAAGAGAAGAAAAAACGCGAAUCAAAAUCUGUUUUGGUGAAGUUUUUAGAGGAUGCGAAACCUGGAGCGGAUAUUGGGUCAGUUGACAAUGAAGCAGAAGACCAUGGAGCAGACGAUACAUGUUUUUCCCCGGAGCCUGUAGAGAAGGUUAAGGAGGAAGUGGAGGAUGCGUACUCCCCCUCCCAGGAGGUUGAAGACUUGUAUCUACCCAUGCAGAUCCUCACCAAGGAGGAGGAUAAAACGCUGCAGGUGCUGGAGGAAAAGUUGGCGGCAGAAGACUUAGAAGAGGAGGAGGAAUUUCCAGAGGAGGAGGAAUUUCCAGAGAAGGAGGAAUUUCCAGAGGAAGAGGAAUAUCAGGAAGAGGAGAGCAUGGAGAUUGAUGAUGACCCAAUAGUUGAUAUUGCAGAGAGCUUUGAAAAUGCAGUUGGCCUUGAAAAUGCGGAGAGCCUUGAAAAUGCAGAGAGACUUGAAAUUAUAAAGAGCCUUGAAAAUGCAGAGCACUUUGAAAAUAUAGAGAGCUUUGAAAAUAUAAAGAGCCUUGGAAAUGCAGGGAGCCUUGGAAAUGCAGAGAGCUUUGAAAAUGCAGAGAGCCUUGAACAGAAGCCAACAGUUUUGAAAGAUGGUGUUGUUGUUGAGGACCCUGUUGAAAAUGUCUCACCACAGGCACUAGAAAGAAAUGAUGUUGCUAUGGAGACACAAGAAGAGGUAGCAGAAGUCUUGGACCAUAAGCAUGAGGGAGAGCCUGAAGUCACUGACCCGAUUCCUGAAGAAGAGUCGGCUGGAAACACUGCACCCGAGGUAGAAAAUCCGCUCGAUUCAUUGACAAGUCGUAUUCAAGCGUUCAGUAAGAUGUUACAGACUGGAGGAUCCUUCAUACCUCGGCAGCUCCGUACACAAGCACCUGGUCCAAAACCUGAGUCAAGCCAUCCACAGAACAUACCAACUCCUACAAGCCGAAAGAAUCCGGUUAAAAGGAUAAAAACAGAAGCAGUUUCUCUUUACGGUUCUUCACCACUUACUGGUUCCAGUCCAGCCGGAACUCCAAAAGCUGCAACGGAUCUAGUUCGAGAGCUAAAACCCAAACCAGCAGUUUCUCUCUACGGGUCAUCUCAACCACUUGGUUCCAGUCCAGCACACACUCCAAAAGCUGUAUCAAGUCCACUGCCUACCCCUAAGUCUGCAUCGCCACUUCUUGGUUCCAGUCCAGCGCACACUCCAAAAGUUAUAUCAAGUCCACUGCCUACUCCUAAGUCUGCAUCGCCACUUCUUGGUUCCAGUCCAGAACGUACUCCAAAAGUUGUAUCAAGUCCACUGCCUACCCCUAAGUCUGCAUCACCACUUCUUGGUUCCAGUCCAGAACGUGCUCCGAAAGUUGUAUCAAGUCCACUGCCUACCCCUAAGUCUGCAUCGGAAAGAGUUGCUUCACCACUCGUAGCGCCAUCACCGCUUGAGACGAGACAAGUUAUGGUUGCAACUCCUCCUCAAGCGCGCGUGAAAUCUCCACCUGUUCCAGUCUCUACCCAAGUAACCACUCCUCCUGCAGGUGAAACAUCUGAGGUUCGUAUUGCUCCAGGCUCUUUGAAACCUUUCUCAGCUGUUUCAGCAUUGCCCGCGCCUGCCAGAAAACCUACUGAACCUCUGAAGGAUAAAAAGGACCAGAAGAUUUCGCCUGAGCCUGCUAAAAAACCCACUGAACCUCGGAAGGAUAAGGACAGGAAGGUUUCGCCUGCGCCUUCCAAAAAAACCACUGAACCUCUGAAGGAUAGGGACAGGAAGGUUUCGCCUGCACCUCGGAAGGAUAAGAAGGGCCAGAAGGUUUUGCCUGAGCCUGCCAAAAAAGUCACUGAACCUUGGAAGGAUAAGGACAGGAAGAUUUCGCUUGCGCCUUCAAAAUCACCCACUGAACCUCCGAAGGAUAAGAAUGACCAGAAGGUUUUGGCAGCACCUGCCAAAACACCCACUGAACCUCCAAAGGAUAAGAAGGACCAGAAGGUUUUGCCAGCACUUGCCAAAACACCCACUGAACCUACAAAGGAUAUGAAGGACCAGAAGGUUUUGCCAGCACUUGCCAAAACACCCACUGAACCUCUGAAGGAUAAGAAGGACCAGAAGGUUUUGCCUGUAUCUACCAAAAAACCCACUGAACCUCUGAAGGAUAAGAAGGACCAGAAGGUUUUGCCUGUAUCUACCAAAAAACCCACAGAACCUCCCAAGGAUAAGAAAGACAAGAUGGUUUCGCCUGCACCUGCCAAAAAACCAACUGAACCUCCCAAGGAUAAGAAGGAUCAGUGGGUUUUGCCUGUGCCUGCCAAAAAACCCACUGUGCCUCCCAAGGAUAAGAAAGAGAAGAUGGUUUCGCCUGCACCUGUCAAAAAAUCUACUGAACCUGUCAAGGACCAGAAGGUUUUGCCUGUGCCUGCCAAAAAACUCUCUGAACCUCCCAAGGAUAAGAAAGACAAGAUGGUUACGCCUGCACCUGUCAAAGAACCCACUGAACCGUUGAAGGAUAAGUUGGAUAAGGAAUCAUCAACAACAAGGGCGUUUGAACUUCUUCAGGAAAAGAAAGAUAAGGAAUUGUCAACAACAAGUGCAUUUGAACUUCUUCAGGAUAAGAAAUCAUCAACAACAAGUGCAUUUGAACUUCUUCAGGAUAAGAAGGAUAAGAAAUCGUCAACAACAAGUGCAUUUGAACUUCUUAAGGAUAAGAAAUUGUCAACGAGAAAUGCAUUUUUCCAGUCUUCUUAUGCACGGCCUCGCAUUCGUUUCCGAGGUGCUCCCUUCCCUUCACCAGUUGAGCCUCCUCUGGUAGAACCAAAGUCUGAAUCUCCAUCCAAGCCAAAAUCAUCAACUGCUACCCCAAUCUUACCAAAGACCUGGAAGAUGACUAUGGGAAAAAUUUCGCUGCCUACUCCCUCUGAGCGGGAAAGACCUUCUGCAGCGAAUAAAAAGUUGGCCAAACCUCCUGUGGAAGUGGCAUCACCAGAGGUAAUCAUUGAAAGAUAUGGACCGCAGGAAGUGAAAGAAUCACAACUGUCUGCUGAAAGUAAUGCGUCGCCAUCGCCAGAACAGAUCGUCCAGCCUCUGUCACUUAAUGAGCACAUGGCAAUCCCGCUUAGUCAGCAGCCUUUACUACCCCAACUGCCAGAACAGGUUGAUGCACCCCCGCUUCUGGAACUGCCUGUGGCACCACCUCUUCCGGAGCAGCCUAUGGCAAUACCUCUUCCGGAAGACCCUGUGGCACCACCUCUUCCGGAGCAGCCUAUGGCAAUACCUCUUCCGGAAGACCCUGUGGCACCACCUCUUCCGGAGCAGCCUCUGGCAAUACCUCUUCCGGAAGACCCUGUGGCACCACCUCUUCCGGAGCAGCCUAUGGCCCCACCUCUUCCGGAACAGACAGCACCACCUCUGCCUGCCGAAACAGUUUCACCACCAUUGCCAGAUCAAGCAGCACCACUGCCACCAUUACCGGAACAGAUUGUACCACCGCUUCCACCAGGACCGCCCCCGGAGCCGCCACCGAUGAUGUUCCACCAGCCGCCACCUCCACCACCUCCUCUGCCGACUGGGUUUGUCCUACCUUAUCAUGCGAUGCCUCCACCACCACCACCACCACCACCAGAAGAGAGACAGCCAGAUUCAAUGCUAGUCGAUAUGGACCUCUCCGAGCCUGAGGACGUAGAGAUGGAAAUAUCCGAAUCUCACACUGCACCAACACAAGUGUCGUACGCCCCAAGUACAAUUUACGCCCCAAGAAUAAGUUAUGCCCCAAGUACAAGUUAUGCUCCCUUCUCCACUGCUGCAAACUUUCAUACCGAAACCGCAGCAGAACCCAGGACUAUUCCACAGCCACAGGCUAAGAACACUCCAGAGGAAAGCGAAAAUGUUCCAUUUUAUUAUGCAAAUGUUCUCGAAGCUAAUUCUCGACCUGUGGCCACUAGAGUAGAGUCGCUGAAAACGUUUGCCCAAAUGACACCACCUCUGCCGCCUUGUGGUGAGUAUCCAUCUUCGACUGGAGCGUGGAAUGCCGGCCGGAGAAUGGGAGGAGGUCAGAGGGAGAGUUAUGCACCGUACGGAGAGCCAUUUGGUGGUGGUGAAGAGUCGCGGGAACCGAGCGAAGAAUCGAAUGAAUAUUAUGAAGAGGAAGAAGAGGAAGAAUACCAGCAGGAAUCCUGGGACCAGGACUAUGCUGAUUAUGAAAAGAAGGAAGAGAAGCCGUACUUCUAUGGCUGUAAUGCACCAGUUUAUUCUGGUCCCACAAUGACAAAGUCGGCGCCAACCAAGCGAAGCUAUCCAAAAGUUGAGCAGGAGAAACCUAUGCCGGAGAAACGGAAUCCGCGCUACAGGAGUACGUUGUUUAUGCUGCAGAAACAGGAGCAGGCGGAGGAGUUUUAUAAUCCGAGUCUGGAGAAGAAGGAGGAGGAGGAGGAAGCAGCGGAGAUGGAAGAAAAGGACGACAAAACAAAAAUGUCGUAUCGGCAUCGGAAGGAGGAAGAGCCUGGGCUGGUGAAGCAUGAAGCCGUUCAAAAUGUUACUCAACCUUCAAUGCAACGCGAUCGCCCGAGACGCCGAAGGCAAAAAGUGUGGCAUGAUUCGAGUGCCGUGUUCAGUACGGACUUGUAUGAGCAGCUUACGCUCGAAGAUGAUGAGUUCACGAGUGGGGAAGAGGAAGAGGCGGAUGAAUCCGCAAGUGCUUCUGCUAGCAGUAUGCCCGGUCCGGAUCUCAGUCAAUUUAAUGUGCCAGGAAUUAUUGAAGAGAUCUCAAAGAGUGCCAAUCCUGUAGAAACUACUGCAAACUAUUUAGGGAUGAUCUCAUCCAGUACGAACCCUGAUUUACAGAAGGAACUAUUGAUCGAGUUGACCAAGAAAGUUCGGCAAGAACAUGAAGAGCGCACUGCCAGCCCUGUACCAGCAGACAAUCAAUCAAAAGCAAAUGUAAACACACUAGCAGAUGUCAAAACAAGUGGGCUGUCGCAGCAACUACUUCAAGGUUCUCAGAGGCCUUUAGAUGGGCCACAGAAUAAGUACCCUCCUUCAAGUUUUCCAGAAUCAUUCCCUCCUCGGAAUGGUAGUACUUGGAGACCCAUGCAACCCGGUCCAAAUGUAGAAAACCGUUUUCCAGGACCGCACAGUGUACACCAUCUGCCUGUUCAGGGACCUUCGUUCCCUGGACAGCGACCACGACUACCUCAUGAAGGAGCAGGUAUUAGACCUAGACCCCCAAUGCCUGGACAAGAGUCUAGUUUGCAGGGACAAACGCCUGCGUUGACGGGACAGAGGCCUCGAUUCCCUUGGCAGGGUCCUUCGUUUCCAGGUCGGGGGCCUGCUCCACCUAGCCAUGGUCCUGCCAUGCCUGGACAAGUACCUAGGUUUCCUGGACAGUUACCCAACCAGGGAUCUGCCAUACCGCAACAGGGACUGCCUGGGUCUAGAUUUCCUAGUCAUCUUGCUACGUUGCGUGGACCAGCACCGAUACAACCUGGACAAGUGCCUACAUUACAUGGACAAGGACCAGUCGCACCUGGUCAAGUACCUCCAUUUCGCAGCCAUGUACCAACAUCUGUCGGGCAACCACCGAAUAUGUUGUCUGGCCAAGUACCUACAUCAAUAGGGCAUCAACCAAUGUUGCCAGGCCAAGUACCUCCAUCAGUGGGCAAACCACCUGAAUUGCAUGACCGAGUACCAACGUCAAUAGGCCAACCACAAAUGCUGCCUGGCCAAGUUCCAGCAUCAGUGGGGCAACAACCAAUGCUGCCAGGCCAAGUCCCAAUGUCGAUAGGCCAACCAUCAAUGUUGCCCGGCCAAUUACCAACAUCAAUGGGGCAACCACGUUUCGAGCUAGGCCAGGGACCAAGAAAUGUGGGGCAACCGCAAAUGCUGCCUGGCCAAGUUCCAACGUCAAUGGGGCAACCACCAAUGUUGCCUGGCCAACUACCUUCAUUGAAGGGGCAACCACGUUUCGAGCUUGGCCAGGGACCGCGGCAUUUGGGGCAUCCGCAAAUGCUACCUGGCCAAGUUCCAACGUCAUUGGGGCAACCACCAAUGUUGCCUGGCCAACUACCUUCAUCGAAGGAUCAACCACGUUUCGAGCUUGGCCAGGGACCGCGGAAUUUGGGGCCACCGCAAAUGCUGCCUGGCCAAGUUCCAACGUCAAUGGGGCAACCACCAAUGUUGCAUGGCCAACUACCUUCAUCAAGGGGGCAACUACCUUUUGAGCUUGGCCCAGGACCGAGGACAGUAGUUCAACCGCCUAAGUUGGCUGACCAAGUACCUACAUCGAUGGGACCAGAACGGGAUGCCAAAUCAGUGGACAUAGCACCUGCGUUGCUUGACCGAAGAUCUUCAUCAGUGGAUAUAGCCCCUGCCUUGCCUGACCUAGCCCCUACAAGUCUGGAUAUAGCACCUCCAGUGCCCGAACAGGCACCUACAUCAGCUGAAGAACCAAUUCUUGGUGGGAAAUUACCAAUGCUAUGUGCUGGUGUGGACCUUACCAAUCCACGUCUACAAUCGCUGCUGGACAAUUUGUCCCUUGAAAAGCUGUCGGAAGUCUUUACACUGAAUAAACAGCUCGCUGGAAUUGGAUCACCAGCAGGUAAGGAUGUAUCUACACACAGCGACUCUACACAUCGAGACUUGUCUUCAUUGCAGUCUCGUGGAAGUUCUGUAGCAUCUCGGUCCACGCUCUCUGUUUUGAGGCAGUGUUAUGAUGACCCGACUCCUGACUCGCCAGCAGCACCAAGUCAGCCUGAUUACCACGAAUCAGAUUUCGAGCCCGAGGAACAGCCCGGGUUUGGGCCUGGUGGACCACAUCCCGAAUUCGACAAUCCAAAAGAUUUUGAUGACCGACAACAGAAUUUCCUUCUGGACAGGAAGCGGUUUGAUCCCGGACCUGACGGCUAUGAUGACCAACCGCAGAAUAGGUCGAGUUAUGACGACAAGAAAAAUCUUGGGGGAGAAAGAUUCAAUCAGGAGGGUGACGUAGAUUUACGGGGAGAGGUGCGACAAGAGGAGGAAGAAAACUCGGAUGCAGUGCGAGUGAGAAAAUAUUUCAGUUCAUUCGAACAACAGAAAGCUCUGACAGAUCAUGGGGAGAGGGGGUUCCUCCCAGAAUGGGAAGAAAGGCCAGCGUCUGUCUUUGAAAGUGACAGGAGACAGGAGGGCUUCGAUUUUGAUUUGGGAGACCGUGACUUAGAUCUGAGAGGUGGUGAUUUUGAUGACCGACGCCAUGGUUUUGAGAUGGAGCACCGUGAUAUGGAGUCUAGGGGUCAGGAAAACGAAGAUAGAGGCCGAGAAUUUGAUAGGAGGGGUCGAGAUUUUGAUCCCAGAGGUGGGGAGAUUGAUGAUGGAGCAGGUGACUUUGAUGCUGGUGGUCUUGCAUUUGAUUCUAGAGGAAGGCUGGUUGAGGAGGGGGACCUGGAUCUUGACUUAAGGCACAGAGGAUUUGACAAUCAUGAUCGUGAUAUUGAUUUGAGAAGCGGAGAAUUUAUUUCGAGAGGUUUUGACAUUGAACCAAGAUGGCGCGAUUUUGAUUUUAGAGGCCGUGAAUUCAAUGAGAGGGAUCGGGGAUUUGAUCCGAGGGGCAGGGACUUGGAUUUUAGAAGUCGGGAUGUUGAUUCUAGAGGUCGAGAUUUAGAUGCUAUCGGUCGACGACUAUCAAGGGAUUUUCCAGAUAGAAUACAUGAUGAGCCUUUGCGUGAUUUCCGAGAUGAUCGAUUCGGUCCUGGGAGGGAUUGGAGGAAGCAUGGAGUGCCUCCUCGGAGGCAUGAAUUCGAACGCGACAAUUUUCAUCACGAGCUUCCUGGAAGGGGUCGAGAUCCGUUUGCGCAGGAUUUCCCGACCGAAUCUCGGGACCGUUUCGGCCGAGAUCGUGGUCCAGUUCUGGAAUGGGAGAGACGAGCUGGUGAGGAAGUGUACCGUGAUGGUCGAAACAUGUUGACUCGUGAAGAAAGGUUUGCAUCAGGUCUGCCUGAGUUUCAUCGACCUGAUUUACGAGAACGAUCGUUUGAUGCGGAGGGACUUGGCCAUCGGGGACUGGCACAUCAUGUAGAUGUUCCACCUCCAAGGCAGGAGAGACUGGGAGUUACAACGGAGCCACCAAAACCACGUAGCAUCCUUAAAAAGAGAACUGAGGAUCCCAAGCCUCCUGUUAGUAUACUGAAACCACAGGGUAUCCUGAAAAAUAAAAGACCUGCACCAUCCGCUGUAGGUGAUGGUGUCAAAUCUGACUCUAAGUCAAAUCAAAGGUUUGACAAAACGGAUCUGAAUAUGAACUCUGGUCAAACGAAAUCUGUAGCUGUUCUUGACCAUGAAAAUGAAUUUAAGAAACUAGAACUUGAAAUUAUGCAACUUCAAGAUGAUCAUAAGAGGCCAGAAUGGAAGACAAAUGUACCUGAACGUAAACACAAUGAACAGAAGCAGACGCAUCCAUCUAGAAAACCAGUGGCUUUUGAUUUCAAGAAGUCGUCUGCAUCUGUUCAGAAGAAAGUCCAACUUGAUUUCGAUUUUUAUGAUGAGAGUCUCGAGACGAAUGAAGUGGAUAAUACGACUAGUAAGAUGGAAAAUAAGGAACCGGUGAAGGAAAAAGUUGUGUGUGAUAGUGUCGUGAAAUUGACAAAGGAAAGUCCUCAGGUAUCUUCGCCUAGUCAGCCUGCACCGACAGCUGGUAAGAAACGACCGAUGACGAGCGGGCAGGAUUUGCUUAUGGAACGUGAUAGUAAAGUGCGGAAAGAGGAUAAGAUUGUAUCAGAAAACGGUGCUAAGACUGAUGUUACUGACAAGCCCUCUGGUGGUGAUAAUUCGAAACAGUCCAAUACCUCGAAACCAGAAAGUAUGCCAGGCGUUGGUCCGCCGCAGGAUACGGGUCAAGUUGGUGAGAAAUUGAACCUGACUGUGAAAGUUGAAAAACCUGCAUCAGAAACUGUUACCAAACUGGAUGUGAAAGAUACUGUUGGUAAUUCGGGUUCCAAGCGUGAUUUAGAAGCUGAUGGUAACGAAGCUGAAGCAAAAAAGGUAAAAAUCGAGAGUGACGUUGAGAAACCUGUUCCAAAGAACUACGCUUUGGAGUUUUCUCAGUCUAAGGUUGUCAAUAUUGCCACAAAAAUCGACAGUCAGAAAUCCGACAUUUCAAAAGGUGAUUCAAAAUCGGAAUCUAAAGUGGCAAAAAUUGCUACAAAAGUCAACAGCCCGAAAUCCGAGACCUCGAAAGGUGGAAUGGGGGAUAUGUCCAAUCAGUUGACAGAUAUGGCAGAUUCUCUUAUGCGCAAUGUCGGACAGUCAUCAGUUGUGAAACCCUUAUUAGGCGAGAAACCCUUACUAGGCGUAAAACCCCUGUUGGGAACAAAACCCUUGUUAGGCACAAAACCCUUGUUAGGCACAAAACCCUUGUUAGGUGAUGAACCCAGUCCGUUGGCUGAUAUGGCUGAUACACUGAUGCGCAACGUGGGGCAGCCUGGUGGCAAGUCUUUGUACGAUGACGGGCCAAGUUUCAGGGGAAGAGGACAAGGAUACCAGCGUGGUGCUCCCCCUAGCCGUCCAGGUCGCGGCAGGUCACAACCGUGGACUAAUCGUGGUGCCAAGAACACAGGUAAUCCUUCCAAGCGUGGGGGGAACAUGCCAUCUACCCGUGGCAGUGGCCGUUAUUCACCUCGUAGUUUCAUUGAGGAUGGUACAAAUCAACCUGGGUUCGCUGGACCAGAAUUGGACCCACCCGGUUUCCGAGACGGACCUCCAAGCAAUUUUACAGGUAGUUCUCCUUUCUCUGGGCAUGGAAGGGGUAUGCCACCAUUCUCGCGCGGUACUAAUCAGCCUGCAAGGGGACAUUUCCCACGGGCGCACCAAGGUAACAUGGGAGGGGCUAUGGAAAUGGCGAGGGCAAUGAGGACUUCUAGCUCCGGCGCAAAGUACGACAAAUUCGGACGUCCGAUGAAGGAUACAGAGACAAACAUUCCUGAGCCUCCUCAUAAAUGGCUCCAGCAGCAGCAGCCUGGUUUUGUGCGUGGGAGAAGUCGAGGCAGGUUCGGUUGGUAGCCAAACGUUUUCUCUUAAAGGAGGUGUAGCUCGAGUUGACUGCUAUUUGGCCGGCACUGGUUAGAGUUCUCAGUGGAUUGAGGGUUUCUAUGCUUAUACAUGAAGGGCCAACAAAUAAAUUGUACGAAAGCAAGAUUGUUGAGAGUGCCCCCAUUUUCUCAUUCAUCACAUGUUCUUGCUCUACUUCUCCUCAAAAGAGAGAUCACAACUGUGAAACUUUCUUUUAUUUUAUUAAAAUUCAAUCAUGGAGGGGAAAAUAUCUGUAACUUACAAGCAACUUAUGCAAAACCCUGCACAUAGGUUUCUCCGACUGCCAUCUGUUUAAGUUUGGUGUGAGCUUUGCGCGACUUGCGUGCAUCUUUGGCACAGUUUGUUCCGCAUAUGAUACAAAGAAACAUCAAGACCAUAGGGAUACUUUGGUAUGUCAGUUGUGACUUGGACUGUAUUUCCCAAAUUACAGUGCCAGUCUUAAAAAAAUAUUAAUCAAUUGCGUUUGAUUUUAUGAUUGAAAGCGAGUGUACUUGCUUAAAUUUUGGUGCCGAAGUUUGGAAUUUUGGUAGGCUUGUGGAAAAAAUAUCCGGGUGAAAUCUAACAAUUGAUGCAAUGAUUAUUAGUGCAUUUUGGUUUUUUGUGUGGUGGGCAGAAUCAUGAAUCUGAUGCAUUUCUUUUUCGUGUGUGCAGUAUUUAGGUUCGGGAAACAAUCACAAGUACUUGUAGUUUUGUUUUUUUGCUUGUUUGAAAUUGAAUUUGUUUGCUUAGUGUUGUGAUGAUGCAAAGAGUGGGAAGAUAUCCCAUGUAUACUGCAACCUGUCAAAAAAUUUCCCAAGCCUUUGAACUUCAAGGGAUUUGCGAAUAACCUCAAUUUGUGAAAUCAUGCAAGUUAUUUUCAUUGGAAAAACUGAAAGAAACUUUGUGGUCCGCCAAAAUUAAAAUCAUGAAAAUUGUAAUUUUAUUUUUUUUCCCGCAAAUAGCAAAAAUCACUUGCCACAAACAUUUUCUGGUUUACAGUAUUUUGACGUGACUGUGUUCGGAUCCUAGUUCUUCAGUAAUCCUUUUAUGUCAUGCUGGUUAUGGUGAUAUUCGGUGGUCACUCUUGGUCCCCUAACAUUGCCACAAAAGUCUACAAGGCCUGUACGAUGUGUUUUGUUAAUACAAGUAGUCAGUCAUAUUUUUGAGGGGUAUUUUCAUGUUUUGUUGGUAGCCUUAUUAAAGUGAGAUCUUGAAGGAAUAAUUUUUAUUUCACAUAUUUAACCAGAUUAAUAUUAAUGAAAAAUCUGGAAUCCAUGUCCUGAACUAGAGUUCUCCUUUCUGAGUCGGGAAUAGAUUUACGGGCCUUUCUUUUGUGACUUAAUUUAAAUAAGGGGUGUAAGGAGUGCAUUACACCCCUCUAAAAUCGGUUUGAGAAAAGAAUCUGGCACAGUGUAUGUGUCAUAUUUAUUCUUUGGGCGUUGUUGAUUUGCGAGUCUUUGGGCAUUUUGUGGUCAGAAUCUGGUAAGGGGUCAUUCAUAAGGUAUGUACAUAUCAAACUGGGGAUUUUGAGACGCCCCCUCCCCCUGUCCGCACAUGUUGGGGCAAGUGUACAAGUGUACACAUUUUCUCCAAAAUUCCUAGAUGACCCCCUCCUCUCUUCAGUGCAUACAAACUAUGGGUGGCCCCCCCAAUGUAGUAUUCUUUUAGAACUUCAAUGGCUGGCACAAAUGGACAGGAAGUCUGUUGUGAAAUGUGCCUAAAUGUGUUAUCUUUUGUUUUUACAUUUCUUUCCAUAUCCCGAUUGAAGUUAUUGGUACUAGUUGAUUUAUUCACUGUGAAAAAACGUACAGGUUAAACAUCAGAUGAUUCCAAUCAAAAAGAUUCCUUCCUUCACAGCGGGCGGAACCAAAAACAAAUUUGUUAAACGCGUUCAAUUUCCCCAACAACCUACCCACUGGACAGAAUAACCUCAAAAUGGAAUUGCCUGUUUAAAAAUACGUGGAAAUAUAGCCUGUACGUUUGUUUUGACAGUAUGGUUGUUUAUCCUGAUCAUGAGACUCUGCACAGUAGACACGCAUACAAAGCUAUAUUACGAACCCAAAAAUUAUUUUGUCCAGUGGUCAUACCCGCUGCACAAGCGUACAGUGGACACAGAAGGGAAAUGUGGUCCAAUGACAAUAUUUUGGGAGUUUUUAGGGUGAAAAAGGUCACAUUUUAAUGCCACUAAUGUGUAGCCAAUACAAAAAUGUGGCAUUGGCCUUUUUUCCAAGUGCCAGUGGCACUGAAUGCUUCUUGCUUCUCCACAAUGGGACCUGCCGGGCAAAAGUAUUCUGAGUGAAGUGUUCUAGUUUUCGUUCUAGUUCUGCAAUAUAGCAUUGUAUGCCUUUCCACGCGAGUAGGGGCUGUCCACAAAAAGAACAUUAUCAAGUACAUAUUUGUCAUUGUGUUCUUGGGAAGGUGUCACAGUAGUCUUACUUUGCUACUGGAAAAAAAACUGCAGCAUAAUUUAUUUGAGGUUUCCUACUUUUUCCGCAAAACCUAAAGGGACAUCAUGGGUAUGAGAUAUGUUGGUUUUUCAUUAAAAACUGGCUUCCAGCAGGACCACAAUGUCGCCAAACAGGAUUGUUGAAAAAUCGUUGAACUGCAAUAAACAAUGCAUUUUAACAGUGUGUAACCAUAGGCCUGCCUGAAAUUCACAAGCCAUGUCCAAAACUGCCGCAAAUUGUUAUCAGAGAAUAGCAUCAAUGUACUACGAGGCAGCGCAUGGCGUCAAGUUGGCACAUUAUCCUCUGGGCCAGGUAAAUCACGUGCCCAAGUUGUCCCUUUUUCUGUGUUUCUAUUUUGCGGAUCUACAAGAGCUAUCAUGCAUAAUGUAUGGGCAGUGUUAAAUUUUUCACAUUGCGUAUCUCGUCGGACCACAAUUGGGGAACUACACGAGCUGUUAUUCAUAAUGUACGGGUCGUGUUAAAUUUUUCACAUUGCGUAUCUCGUCAGACCACAAUUGCAAAACUACAAGAGCUAUCAUGCAUGGACUGUGUUAAAUUGUGCACAUUUGCAUAUCUCGUCAGUUAUUGCGCGGAACUACAAGAGCUGUUAUGCACAAUGUAUGGACAGUGUUAAAUUUUUCACAUUGCGUAUCUCGUCAGACCACAAUUGCAAAACUACAAGAGCUGUCAUGCAAAAUGUAUGGACUGUGUUAAAUUUUUCACAUUUGCGUAUCUCCUCAGACCACAAUUGCAAAACUACAGGAGCUGUCAUGCAUAAUGUAUGGACAGUGUUAAAUUUUUCACAUUUGCGUAUCUCCUCAGACCACAAUUGCAAAACUACAAGAGCUGUCAUGCAAAAUGUAUGGACUGUGUUAAAUUUUUCACUAUGCGUAUCUCGUCAGUUAUUGCAAAACUACAAGAGCUGUCAUGCAUAAUGUAUGGACAGUGUAAAAUUUUUCACAUUGCGUAUCUCGUCCGACCACAAUUGCAAAACUACAAGAGCUGUAAUGCAUAAUGUAUGGACUGUGUUAAAUUGUGCACAUUUGCGUAUCUCGUCAGUUAUUGCGGAACUACAAGAGCUGUUAUGCAUAAUGUAUGGACAGUGUUAAAUUUUGCACAAUAGCGGAUCUCGCCGGACCACAAAGAAAAAAUGCGUGCAGAAGCUUUCCGAGAUGUGGUACCUUGUGGGUGGCCCCUUGUGCGGUAAAUUUUAGUUGUUAGUAGAAUAGAUCGUGCACUGUUAUAGGUCAGACCUUUGCUCUGAUAAAACUGUUGUAAAUAUUCCUUCCUAAGGGAAAUAAAAAUUUGAUUCAUUAUAAA